GAAGCGCCAGUGCGCACCUCCCCAUAAUAAUCUGCCUGAGCAGCGUCGCUGUCUUUUCAGCACCACUCACUGACAAUCCAACCAACCGGAGAGGCAAGACAGGCAAAACUGACUUCUCUGCAAGCUUCUGUGGAUUUUUUCUCUUAAGAUAACAAAUCAGUACAACUUUCUUUUUUCACCCAGUAAAGGAGCUAUCAAAUUCCGACCGAGUUCCCACCAGCUGAAAGUAAGAAUUUAGAUUUAUUGCUGUAUUUUUUCAGACAGGACCGACCAUGUGGUUGGUGGAUGUAUGAUUUUAUGAUUUUUCACUGCGGAUUCUGAUUUGUUUUUCUCCAUGGUUACACUAUAAACUAAGUUUGGUAUUUUUUAUUACACUUUGGGAGUAUAGAAAGAUGUGCGCAACCACUUGAAUUAAAGAGUUGCUGUUUGAAUAAGUUUAUUUGAUUAUUUUACCGGAGACUUCAAACGUCCAGGCAGUAAUUUAGGUGCCUUUGUUUUCGUUUAAGACUUGGAAUUUGUGUAUAGUCGGGAUGUUGAUUUUAGUAGUAGGACUUUUGUACCUGGUCAGUGGACGCACGGUGCGAAGCCAGGAUGCUACAGGUAGCCGCUUCGUUUGUAACGCCAUUCCCCCGGGCGCAGAGCCGGGCUGCGGGUACGGUCCUACGGGGAACCGUGUUCAGAGCAGCAGCCCUGUAGAGGACGAGCUGCGGAACACGAUCAUCCAGCUCCGAGAGACCAUCCUGCAGCAGAAGGAGACGAUCGUGAGCCAGCAAGGGACCAUCAAGGAGCUAAACUCCAAGCUGGCGCGCUGCGAGGCGGCAGCCGAUGAGUCGUCGCAGGGCAAGUCCCGGGGUCAGGGCUCCAGACGGAAGGAGUACGGCAAGAACACCAUGGGGGACCUGCCCCGGGACCCCGGCGAGACCAUAGACCAGCUGGGCAAGACCAUGCAGAGUCUCAAGGGUCGGCUGGAGAACUUGGAGCAGCAGAGUUUGCAUCUCCCCAGCACAAAUGUGUCAGCUGGAAGUGUCUCGGCACUGACUCCCCUGCCACCGGAGCUGCGGGAGCUGCUGCGGCAGCGUCUGGGGGCGCUGGAGACCCAGCUCCUCCGGAAGGUGGCUGAGUUGGAGGAGGAGAAGAGCCAGCUCUACAAUGAAACAGCGGCCCACCGCCAACGCACCGAGAGCACUCUCAAUUCCCUCCUGGAGAGGAUCACCGAGCUUGAGAAAAGUAAUAAUGCCUUCAAGUCACCUGAAGAUUUCAAGGUGUCCCUUUCUCUUCGCACCAACUACCUGUACGGACGCAUCAAGAAGAGCCUCCCAGAAAUGUACGCCUUCACUGUGUGUAUGUGGCUCAAGUCCAGUGCCAGUCCCGGCAUAGGAACCCCAUUCUCUUACGGCGUGCCGGGCCAGGCCAACGAGAUAGUCCUCAUCGAAUGGGGGAACAACCCCAUUGAACUACUAGUUAAUGAUAAGGUGGCCCAACUCCCGCUGUCAGUGAGUGACGGGCGCUGGCACCACAUCUGCAUCACCUGGACGACCAGAGACGGUUUCUGGGAGGCUUACCAGGAUGGCGAGCGUCUGGGCACAGGGGACAACCUGGCCCCCUGGCACCCAAUUAAACCUGGAGGGGUGAUCAUCCUGGGCCAGGAGCAGGACAUCGUUGGAGGCCGUUUUGACGCCACCCAGGCCUUUGUGGGCGAGCUGAGCCAAUUCAACAUGUGGGACCGAGUACUGCGGCCUGUGGACAUCAUGGGUCUGGCCAACUGCUCAGCUUACAUGCCGGGCAACGUGGUUCCUUGGAUCGAUGCAAAUGUGGAAGUGUUUGGUGGUGCGAGUAAAGCUGCUCUGGAGAUCUGCGAAGAUCGUGUUUUUGAUUCUUAAAGGGACUGACGCAAGGAAAUCGAGUAUCGCCGCUGGGAUCGAGAAGCUAAGUAUUCUGACUGUUGCUUCAGUCAAAUCCCAAAGGAAAGGGUAUAGUGCAACAUUUUUACAUAUUUAUAUGCUCUGACUGCAUAGUCUCAGAGACUCUGUGUUUGUUGGACUUCACACGUUCUCCAUUCAAUUUGAACCCUGAGGAUAUUACAGGAGACUUCAAAUUAGCCUGCUCGUCUGAAGAAGAUAUGCUGUUGCAUCAGUCUACUGUAAUGAUACGACCUACUGUCACUCUGUGUUUUCUCUUCAGUAGAUCAGCUUUCAUUUGACACCUCUUUGAAAGUGGCUCUUUUUGGUUGCAUUCCUUAUACUGACAAUGCUGCACUGUAUUCGUAGUGAAUGUGAGCUCAAACAGGCUUUGAUGUGCUGUGGAACACUAUUCCUGAGAUGGUAGAGUACCAGACGCUGCGAGCCUCCUCGCUGUUUAAAGAGCAAUGAGGCCCCGAACCAGAAGCGAAAUUAGGUGGAUGCUCGUGAGUUCAAAGUGGACACGAACAACCCUCGCUGUUGAUUAUUUUGAGACAACACAGCAGAAUAUUAUGCAUGAGCCCUGAGCAGUGAAUGGAAGUCAGUUCAGAAGUGACAGUGCAUGCUUUCUGUCAAUGCACAGAGUGCGUGUGGUGCGUCCAAACAAGGCAAUGCGCCGCGCUGACAACAUUACGUAAGAGUGUGUGUGUUUAUGUGCGUAUGGCUUGUCUUGCGUGUAAAAAGACCAGAGAUUAUGAGGGAGGGAGGACAUUUUCAUUCUUGUAAAUCUACGCUUAAUACCUCUCUGCCCCUUGAGCAGCUGCCAUAUCCCAAACAGCUUUAUGGACGGGCUGGCUCUGCUCAGGUUAAUAGCGAUGUCGGACAGCUGCCCGGGACUGGCGUAUCGACAGAGCUGCGGACUGAGUGCCCAGUGAGGGCAGGGACUGGGCCUGACCUUCAAGAACAAUCCUUAAUUCCUCAUCUGGGUAGUAAUUAUCUGUGUUUAUGAAUGAGUGUAGCAGUAAGCAGCCACUGCUGUAGAGGGGACGUCAAAUGAGAGCAGCCCUCAGUGGACAUUAUAAAUGUCACUCAAUCAGAUGGACUUAGUUGCCUCUCACUGAACAAGACAAAUAGUUUUGAUCCAUGGAUAUAUAUUUUUUAAAAACAUAGGUGGAUUUUGGCACCGCUUAGUGGAUAAAAUUGACGCUUUUUGCAGCUUAAUUUAUGUUACUCCUUAAUGUUGUGGUGGACAUUUGUUUCAAUGCUGUUUUUCGUAAACAGUGAAAUACUGAUAUCAAGCCUGGUGCUGGGGCCUCGUAAGGUAAAAGAGGCAACAAAGACAUUAACUUUCUUUUUUUCCCUCCUUGUGGAAUUUCCUUACUGACUAGACACUAGGUCAAAAGCCAUUAAAAAGCUUCUAUCGACGUUAUUAAAAAAUGCAGUUGAAUACAUAAUAGAAAAAAAGCAGAUACGAUGCAGUAGGUUAGUGGACAGCACAGAAUGUUAUAAAAGUGAGGGUGCACACUUUUAACACAUUUAGGGACUUAAAACACAUUUUAAGGACUUGUUGGAUAAGUCACCAACAUGUCGUGAUUGUUCCUCUUUUGAGUGUCUUUGUUAACAAUGUUUCAAUGUAAAAUCAAGAGAUGUCUUUCCUGUAGAAAGUGUAUUUUUCAUGCUUUUUCUGCUCAUGAUUUUUGUCCAUUAGCAGCACAUUAUGUAAAAAAAAAAAAAAAUGCAGAAGUUAUAGAAAUGCUUUGUUUAUAUGGUGUAUGGCCUUUUUGUGAGAACCAUAUGUGCUUUUGCUUGUGGACAAUUCAAACUUUUCGUCAGCUUUUAAAGCAGCACAGACAAUGAGGGACACAAGAAAAAGAACAAUGUGUUUGGUAUCAUUGUUUUAAAGUCACCUUCGUGUGCAGUGUCCAUUUAAGUUUCUGCCAUGUGGUUGAAUGUCCUUUUGCACCCAAUAAAAAAGUGAACAAGU